CGGAUUUGGUUUUACCAAAGGAUGUACAAACGGUGCCCUACGACGAUAUCAUAACAAGUUUGGAUACUCAUUUCAACCCUAAGAGAGUAGGGUUCAGCGAGAGACACAAUUUCUACGCAGCGGUACAACGACAAGGCGAAACGCACUCACAGUGGGCCGCGAGACUUCGUGGCCUGACGUCGCUUUGUGCCUUCAAGAAUGUGGAGGAAACGCUGCUCGAUCGCUUUAUUAUGGGAAUGAGGGCUUGUUAUGAAAAAGAAAAGCUGUACGCUCAGGAUCUGACUGGCCUUACGCUUGGCAAAGCUGUGGAAUACGCCGAAAAUGUUGCCACCGCGCGCGCAGCUGCCACCGCUAGCGCGAGCGGAGCGGGCGCCACCGCCGCCGCCGCGGGCGCCGCGACGCUGGACCCGCUAUUAAAGAUAUCGCGCAGUACUAGUGCCCAUAAGGGACAGGCCGCGGCUAAGUCUAGCCGUUUAGCGAAGCCUAAGUGUACCACAUGCGGAUAUACCAACCACAAGACCGCGGAGUGUCAGUACAGUGAUUAUGUGUGUAAGAAGUGUAACGUUAAAGGCCAUCUACGUAGGGUGUGUCCGUCAAAAGUGAACUACGUAGACAAUGGAGCCGACGACGAGGACUUCGGAGACGAUGUGCUCACAGGACAAUACUAAUGUAUCUAACCGUAAAAAAUUCGCAAUUGGCUCAUUUGUACUAUAUACAAAAAAUGUAAACAAUGAUAAAAUCAUGUGGUGUAAAGGAACGGUACAAAAACGAAUAGGACGCGUAAUGUAUUUAAUUAAAGACUGGGAUUCUCAAAUAUGUUAUCGCAAACACAUAAACCAAUUAGCAUUGUAUAAGGGUCAUAUAGGAGAUGCUAAUGUAUGGGACUACGACGAUCACGAUAAACUUACACACUCACCUGCCUCGACGUCUACGCCGACACCAGUACAUGCGCCGCCGUCGCCGCCGCCGCCGCCGCCGCCGCCGCCGCCGCCGCCGCCGCUGCCGCCGCCAUCGCGGUCGCCGCCAUCGCCGCCGCCGCCGCCAUCGGCGCCGCCGCCGCCAUCGCCGCCAUCGCGGUCGCCGCCGCCGCCGCCGCCGCCGCCGCCAACGCAGUCGCCGCCGCCGACACCACAAUCGUUGAUGUUGCCACCGCCCGACCAGAAUGCAUCAGACCGUACUCACCCCAUGGAGGAGGAAGAGUACGACGAAGACGAGGAAGCGGAGGAAGAGUUUCAUGAGGCAGAGUCAGAAUCAGAAUCAGAUGAUGAACCGCCAACAGGCAAGGCACGGAGAGUGAUGCGUCCCCGUCCCAGAGUAAAUUAUAAAAAAUACUUUUAG